CCUGGAGCAAAGUUGGAAAAGGAGGGCGUGAGACGGUUUUUGCAUGCUAUCAUUUCCUCCAUUGAGCAUUGUUUGGAUAUGUUUGGAUAGCGGCUGUGGCUGAAUUGAUCACCACCAACUAAGGCUUUCACCAUGAAGUGCGAUUCAGCAGAACGCCGGCAGUUCCUUGUGCUUGUGCUUGAUGUACUUGUGGAUUCUGUCUUCACUGCAGCUUUCAUUUGGUUCAAGGUUCAAGGCCUCUUGCAUUUUGAUUGCCUGCUCAAUCAGCAAAGUCUGAUUUAGCUCCCAUGGCGUUAUGCCCUGGUGACACCACAGAGUGGGAUGACAUUCAGAGGAAGUUUGGAAAUCUGCCACCGUUGGAGAAAGAGGUAUUGCAGAGAGAACUUGAUGAGCGUUUUGUAGAAAGUGCGGAAAGAUUCGAUCCCUUGGAGAAUCGCACAUUGGAAGAGCUCAAUGCAGUUGAAGAUGAUGUCAGUGAGGAAGACUUUCUGCAACAGUAUCGCCGCCAGCGCCUGGCAGAGCUGAAAGCGGCCCGAGCCUCCGCACGCUUCGGCGAGCUGCGACAGCUGUGCCGUGCCAGCUACGUCCAGGAGGUGACCGAGGCCAGUGCAGGAGGUCAGUGGGUGCUGCUGCUGCUCUACACAGAUGCAAACUAUCAGUGUCAUCCCAUGAUGAAGCCAUGGGCAGAGGCAGCAACACGAUUUCCGAUGAUCAAAUUCCUGCAGGGAAUUGCGUCGGAGAUCAUUCCUGACUUUCCCGAUUCACUGACACCAACGGUGAUCAUCUACAAAGACAAGGAAUGUGUGAAACAAGUGCAGGGUCUUGAUGAUUGGGGUGGUGGCAGAACCAGUAUUGACACCAUCGAAUGGCAUUUGGCUGAACUGGGGAUCAUUGAAACUGACCAGGAAAAUGACCCAAGGACUAGAGCACGCGUUCGCUCUAGCCAGGAAGAUGAGGAAUUUCAAGGAAAGGAUUCUGCAGAUGAUCGCGCGUACACCUCUUCGCGUUUGGAUCGGGUCUUGCGUGGCAAAUGGACUUAAAAAGAGGGAGUCCAUAAUUGGAAGUGUGCAGAGUCCAGAUUUUUUUGGCAACUUGGAUUUGGGAUGAUUUGGGCAUGGCAUACGUCAGGUAGUAAACAUCAGCUCUUUGAGCGCAAUGCCACGAUCGGAAUCCCCUAGCCAUUUAGAAACCUGAGCUAUCCCUUUUCCAGAUUUGAAUCAUGAUCAAAGUAGACCAGCCAGGACAUUCCCGCGGAGCCUCUGGCUGCUCCAGGGUCAUUGGUGUGCUUUGCCGGGAGCAUGCAGCCUGAAGCAGCCUACAUCAUUUGACAAGCAGGCAGCUCAUUAAAGUUGAUUGUAUAUCCGCCU